GAAACAGAACAGCUCUGCCCCUCCACCAGAGAGCCCGCCCAAAGAGCUGGCCAGCAGCUCGCCCUCUCAGAAACGGCCUGCUGCUGACUUCAUUGACCCUCUAGCCAACAAAAAGCCCAGGAUAUCCCACCUUGCUAGCAAAGCUACAACAGCACCUGUUAAUGGCAGGUUCGGCUCCUCCAAUGGGAGAGGAGAGGCUGGAGGAGCGCAGGCAGAGGUGGUUUCCAUGGCAGAAGGUGGCGUGACGUCCAGCUCCCAGCAGCUCCCAGUGCUGGACAUCCCUCGUCCCUUCGAAGCUCUGUCGGACGUCAGCAAUGACUCCAGCCACAAUGGGAGAGAUUGUGACUCUCAAGAAACCGUGGUAUCGGAGAGGCUCAGCCAAACUCCUUUGGUCUUAACCAUGUCAACGGCACUCACAAUGGCACUCAAUGCACCCAGCAUCAGCACAUCAUCUCCCGGACACUCAGUCCUGGACGGACUUCGGGACAAGAGCCUCUCAUCUUUCAACAGCAAGUCCAAGAAGAAGUCGAAAAAGCAUAAAGAGAAGGAGAAGAGCAAAGAAAGGGAGAGGGUGAGAGAAAAGGAGAAGGAGAGGAAGAGUCGCGAGGAACGUGUGCCUGAGCCUAAUAGAGCCUGUGAGAUGAGCCCAGGAAACCUCAAAAGCAACAGUAUUCCACAGAAAAGCACAGUUCUGAACGGGAUGUGCAACAGUACCAGUAUUCCUUCAUCAUCACCUGAGGUGGCAGACUACUUAUUAAAGUACACAGUAAUUGGCUCUCCAGAGCAGCGUCAGAGGUAUAAAAACGAUUUCAACGCAGAGUACAGUGAGUACCGGGGCCUGCAUGCUCGCAUAGAGGGCAUCACCCGGCAGUUCACUGUGCUCGACAAUGAGCUCAAGCAACUCCAGCAAGGCACAGACAAGUACAAGACAAUCCACAAUCAGAUACUUCAAGAAUAUCAUAAAAUAAAAAAGACUAAUCCAAACUAUAGCCAAGAGAAGAACCGCUGUGAAUAUCUACACAACAAACUGGCACAUAUAAAGAGACAUAUUGCAGAGUACGAUCAACAGCAACUUUAAAAGUAGUUAUUAGACAUUGUUUCCCUGUUAUCUCUGGAAACCAAGCAGAUAAAGGAAAACUUUGGAUUCCGCUUGUGCAAAAAAAAAAGUUCUAAUGAAAGAUGCCAUGAAGGGAGUAUUUCCCUCAUUGGGGCCAAAGGCUCUAGAGAGGACUUAGCAGGACAUGUGAUCUCUUUUUCUCUCUCUCUUUCCUUUCAUUUGUUUUUUUCCCCCUCCUUUUUGAAAACGGGGAUGCGUCUGGUGUGGCCAGGUCCAUCUGUGUAGUUACAAUGCGUUCAGAAAGAAUGACAAGUUGUGUGGCUUUGUUUGUUCUCAACAGCCCACCCUGCUUACUGUGCACAGAGGUCUGAACGAGUCAAAAACAUGGACAGUUUCUCGGGCAAAUAUUUGUUCCUUCUUUUGAAACUGGAGGGAAGGGAAGGGCGACACUGAGAUGAAUACUGCUGAUUGUACGCCAAAAGCAACUAAUUUUGUUUUCGUGUAAAGAAAAAUUUAAGUUAAUGAUGCUUCAGUUUACCCCUUAUCUUGAAACAAAUGUUGUGAUGUUCCCCUUAUUUUUCUGUCUUCCUUUUUAUUUAUUUUGGACAUUUAACUGGGGGGGAAUGAAUCUGUCCUACACUCCUGAAUACCAGUACUUACUUAAAAUCUCUUAUUUUUCUUUUUUUUGUCCUCACAUCUUGAAUGUCAGACAGUUUUUGUUUUUUGUUUUUUUUUAAUUCAGAAGCUGCCUUGCCCACCUAAUUGUCAACUUGUUGGCAUUCAUCAUUCUUUUCUCUUUUAAAGAGAUGCAGUUAUUACUCCUUGAUUAAA